CAGCCCAGUUACUUUCGUGAUGUCGGAAACCUCAAAGCUCCCAGUCUAUCUGCUGCUGCUCGCUAUUUCAGUGGGUGGUAGUCUAUCCUACGAUGUGCCCAAGGCCACAGUGAAGGUCAUUUUUCCGAUUGGCUUCGAAGUAUCCAUUCCCGACGAGUCCGGCAUUUCUUUGUUCGCUUUUCAUGGCAAGGUCAACGAGGAUAUAUAUGAUCUGAGCGAUCAAACGUGGGCGGCCGAUAUAAUAAAAUCUCGCAAUGGACGUUGGACAUAUCGCAACCGAAACCAGAAACUUCGACCAGGGGAUGCUCUCUACUAUUGGACGACGGCCAGAUAUUAUGGAAUAGACUACCACAACUACAACCAGGAGUAUGUGGUCAGUCGAAAGGAUUUCCAGAGGUUCGAUGAAAACGGCACCAACGUUGAUAACCAGCCGACUCUCGACAACAGCCAAAGUAAUAUAUUUGUCCAACUUAUCAAGCGUAUCCAAAUUAGAAAGGACUCUAUUGUCAACAUUAGCUCUUGAUUAUGAAAUAACUGGUUUGCUGCGUUACAAAGGCAUGUAUUUAAGGGAUUCGCACGCACGUAUGUUCGAUUUGCUGCACUUACCAGAAGAAAUCUUUCGAAAAAAUUAGUUUUACGGGUAGCGUAACUUCAUCGCACAGUGAACCUACCUUGAAAUUUUUAAAAUCUUAAAACAAUAUAAAAUGCAUUUCUAACAAUAAAGCCGUAAGAGCAAUAGCAGAAAUGUCUAAAAAUAUAAAUACUUGAACUUAA